AUGAACUUAACAGAAAACAACAAUUUGAGCAGCACAUCUAAUUCGAGUAAAGAGAAGCUUUUGCUGGUGCAGGUACCGGUGGGGAUUCUUCUCUGUGUGAACGGACUGAUGAUUUUCACCUUUCUGAAGAAAGAGACCUUUAGGGAAACACGCUACGUUCUGUUUGCUCAGACUCUUUUUGUUGACUCUACUCUUAUGGUGUUGACUGAUUUAACUCUUGUGGGGUCAUCUAACAAGUACCCCGUGCACAUAAUUCCUUGCUAUAUCUUAUGCACACUUUUGUCUUUGUUCGCUAUUAGUUCACCCAUGACUCUUUUAGCCAUGUGUUUGGAGCGCUAUGUGGCCAUAUGUAUGCCUCUGAGACAUGCCAGCAUCUCCACACCUAAAAACACCUUCAUUGGGCUUCUUGUCAUAUGGAGUUUCAGUUUUGUCAUUCCAUUGUUUAUUUUCAUAGUCUCAUUUGUUUACAUUCCUCCUGAUGUCUUGUACCUUUAUGUUGUGUGUACCUUGGAGGUGAUGUUACAGAAAAAAUGGCUGGCAGACAUGAGAGUGACGAGUCUGCAGCUCUUAUUCAUCAUAAUGUUUUGUGUUAUUGUUUCCACCUACAUCAAGAUUAUGUUGGCAGCCAGAUCUGCCUCCUCCGAGAGGAAGAACUCCACAAACAAGUGUCUCAAAACUAUAAUUCUCCACGGUGUUCAGCUGCUUCUGUGUAUGAUGCAGCUUUUAAUGCCUUAUAUAGAAAUGCCUUUAUGGAAAGUAGAUGUCAUUGUAUUUGUGAAUGUAAGGUACACAAAUUUCAUAUUGUUUUUGAUCUUGCCUCGUUGUCUGAGUCCCUUAAUUUAUGGAUUAAGAGACAAAAAGUUUUAUGAUGCUCUUAAAUGUUAUACCUUUUGUGGCAUUUUGGUUUAUAAUAAGAACAAAACAGGAGAUGAUAAAACCUUUAGAGGUGUAGUAAGCACUUCCAUACACAAUUAA